AUGCAUGGAUCAGUCUGGGAACCCAGCCCGGAUGGCCAUUCGCUCGAGGUGGGACGCGAGCUCUGUUUGCUGAGCCACUCGCAUCGCACGAAUCGGAGCCUCUGUCGAGGGUCAACCUUUGAAGACUGA